UACCCCUGCGUUAGAUCAUGUCUUUUUUCCGAAACCGCGAAACUUCAACCUCGUUUGUUGUGUUUCACAACCGAGGCGAAAAUUGCUUUUUAACAAUUUUAAUUGCGCAUGCCUUAAAAUUUCCACGAAACGCGAACUUUUUGAGAUUUUGCGCGUCUCAAUGUUGGAGGGAAGUUUUGCGGGUGAGACUUACACUUCCUCGGAAGUGCUUUGCAUAUGGUGAGAGGUCGGUGCCAUCUUUUCGCUGAUUCUGGUCGAUCAUCUCGGAGGAGAGCGCGUGUUCUUGGAGUUCUCCUUGCUCUGUGUGCAGGGUUGAUGUGCUACAUCCUAUCCGGCGAGGACCGCAAUGCUAACAGCGCGGUACAGCGGUUCGCACGGGAGGCGCAUGCCCAUGACCGAGCUACCCUCAAAUUAGAGUUCCCGGAUGAGUACCACGCUACCGGCGUGUUAUCGCUUCCUUAUGGCGACAUCAAGGAACCGUUUGAAGUCUGGUACUCAGGCCUCCACGGCAUGAGCAGGAUCGAUUACUAUGGAGGUAUGGAUCGCACAUACCAGCGUGGGGACCUCGGGAAGUACGGCUAUGCGUGCAAGAUCGUGCCGGAAUUCUCUGAGCGCACCGGGAGGACUUUUAAGGGCUGUUUACACAGACGAGGAAACAGCAACUUCCAGAUCAAAGCGCAAAGCAUCAUUCCUUCGCCCAAAUUCUUUAAGUUCAAAGGGCAUGAGGAUUUUCGUGGCAAUAACUGCGCCAAGUGGGAACACAGCUUUAACAUCUACAACAAAGUCAACACGUACACGCUCUACACGACACCAUCACGACCGUACACACCUGUGCGUUACGAGAUGAUGGGAUACGACACUCUUCUCUCGUCCUACUACGACCACUACAUCCUGGACUACCACAAUUUUUCUGCCUGGAAAUACCAGUACAGCGUGUUCGAAAUACCAACAGACAUCAAGUGCUUUGAGUUUUCACACGAGAAAAACGUUGGAGCUGUGGGUGAAAUCAACCCAAUGUUCGAGUUCAUGCCACACACCGCUGUUCAGCAGUCACCGCAGACUCUCCCCACACCAACCCACACGACAUCGCGGAUAGAUCCGGAAAUAACUUCCGAGGAAUCGCUAGAAUAUCUGCUACAGGAACUUAACAAAAUGCCAUUCGUAUCUUCGGAUGACACAUCAGUAGAGUCGUCAAAUUUGCUGUCCACUAAUCAAACAUCGGGUGUCGGCAUGUCGCCACCAAAUAAAAACAAUUCCAAAACAAGCAAGAUGAACGACUGGCUACAAUUUCGACCUCAAACGAGUCCACGUACGACUCGACCCAGGACUCGCUCUACCACCUCAUCCCAAGCUCUUCUGGACGGCACUAGUUACCAGUCCGCGCUCCGUCAUUAUGAGGACAUCGUCAGUCACCUAUUCAACACGUUCAAAGCGAGUUACAGGAAGAGGUACCCUUCUGCGCAUGAGCACGAGCGGAGAAAGGACAUCUAUAGACACAACAUGAGGUUCAUUAAGUCACGCAAUCGUCAGCAUCUGGGCUACAGCCUGAAGCCAAACCACAUGGCCGACAUGACAGACGCCGAGGUCAACAGGAUGAAGGGUCUUCUGCACGAGGAGCCCCCCCUGAUCGGCGACUCACCCUUCAGCAUUCCAGAUAAGGACCGGGGGGUGCCACUUCCCCCUCACGUAGACUGGAGGAAAGCAGGCGCCGUCAAUUCUGUCAAAAGUCAAGGAAUCUGUGGUUCGUGUUACGCGUUCGCUGUUGCAGGGGCGCUCGAGGGCGCGCACUUCAUCAAGACGGGACUAAAGCUGGACUUAUCCGAGCAGCAGAUUGUCGACUGCACUUGGGGGUUCGGUAAUCGCGGAUGUAAGGGCGGGUAUCCCUACCGCGCGAUGCAGUGGAUUCUCAAACAUGGAGGACUGGCCACAGAGGAGAGCUACGGGCGAUACUUAGCACAGGAGGGGUAUUGUCACUUCAAGAACACGUCAAUAGGCGCGAGACUGGACAAGUACAUGAGCAUCAGGAAGGGGAACACGAGUCAAUUGAAGCUCGCUGUCGCGUUUUACGGCCCUGUCAGCAUUCUCGUCAAUACUCAGCCUAAAACCUUCAAGUUCUAUGGCUCGGGAAUAUACUACGACACACAGUGUACGCAUGCGUUAGACCAUGCCGCACUAGCUGUCGGGUACGGCGAGGAAAAAGGCGUGUCGUACUGGAUCGUCAAGAAUUCGUGGUCGGCUAUGUGGGGAGAAGAGGGCUAUAUUAAAAUAGCUAUGAAAGACGAUAACUGCGGCGUGGCUCAGAAAGCCGUGGUCGUAGACGUCAAAACGUGAUUGACAGUAACCGUGGUAACAUCAUAGCCAUGGAAGACGAUAUCUGCGGCGUCGUACAGAAAGGCGUGGUCGUAGACGUCAAAACGUGAUUGACAGUUAUCGUGGUAACAUUAUAGCCAUGAAAGACGAUAACUACGGCGUGGCUAAGAAAGCCGUGGUCGUAGACGUCAAAACAUGAGGGACAGUUACCGUGGUAACAUGAAGCCGUGAAAGACGAUAACUACGGCGUGACUCAGAAAGCCGUGGUCGUAGACGUCAAAACGUGAUUGACAGUUACCGUAACCAUUAACAACAACCUCUGGAUUACAGGACUGUGGCGAUAUCAAAAUGAAUAGGUUGCCAUAGUGACGUAUAUGAAUGACAAAAACCACGUCUUUAUUGGCACCAGCACAUGGCUGGCAGCUACAGUCAUUUGCGUGGCAAUACCUUAUGGCUUCAAAGAAUCGAGCCACAAACGCCUGUACAUGUACAUAAUCAUUGUAAAUAAUCCACCUUAUGCAAAUAUAUUUUACUUUGUAUUUACAAAUAAAAAACUCCGACUCGCGUA